AUGUCAUUCCAGAAAAGUGUUCAGCAGUCGAAGCCACUACAGUCACUAUUGGCAUUGGCUGGAUUCUUUACCCUAUUCAUCAUCUACUAUUCCAAUGUCUUCAACUUCUUUUCUGGGUCGACGUAUACACCAGAGGAAAUCAAUACAUUGUUGCAGAACAAAGAGUCGCAUAUUGUUGCUUUGAGAAAGACGGAAUUGACCGCGCAAGCUUUGGCGAAGCCUUUUCUAGAUGAGACGCAUUUCCACGUAAAGAAUUGGAAUCUUAACGGUAAUCCACUUGUUGAGAAUAAUGAAUACAUUCGGUUAACAUCAUUGGUCCCCCAUUCAGUAUCCAAUAUGUUUAGCAAGAUGCCAAUACAAGCAGAGUCAUUUGAAAUGGAAUUGACUUUCCACAUCCACAACACUGAAGCUAAGCAUGGAUUGGUAGGUGAUGGAUUAGCAGUGUGGUUCUUGGAUAAACCCAGUGAUAUUGGAGAUGUUUUCGGAGUUCGUAAUGAGUUUACCGGGCUCGGUAUUAUGAUGGAUACUUAUAAAAAUGGAAAACGUGGUCAGUUCCCCUUUGUGAAUUUGAUGAUGGGCGAUGGACAAGCUCGGUACAAUAAGGCUACUGAUGGAUAUGAAACUCGAUUGGCUGGUUGUCUGGCAAAAGCACUCGUGAAUCCUUCUUCAAAGGAAACGAAAAUGAGAUUGGUAUAUAUCAAGAAUGGGUAUCUCUCCAUUGACUUCAACUACAAUGGUAAACACGAAGAUUGGGAAAAUUGCGUCACGCUAACUGACGUUCAAUUGCCCGUUAUCAAAUUCCUUGGUUUAAGUGCUGAGACAGGGCAAUUGUUUGAAAACGUUGAUAUAUUGGAGAAUAAAAUUUACGCAUUAUACAAACCAAAUGGAGGAUUCGUCGAGUCCAUUGAUGAAUUAAACGACUUGAUCCAAGAGCAGAAUGAAUAUGAACAGGAAGAAAGCAAUCUAGCUGGAAUUAAUAACCAACUCAGCCAGCAAGCAAAGAAAUCAGGUGGCAGACAUAGAGCAUUUAAGAAGAAGUUGACCUCACAACGUCGAAAGAGUUUGAAACGUUUAAAGAAUGCUGAAAAGAGGAUCAAGGAAAGAGAGAGGAAGGAAAGAUUGGAAAAGUACGGAGAUGCCGAUGCAACGUUCUUAAGGAGAAUGAUGGGCAACACGCUAUGGUUCGGCAAAAUUCUCAUCUACAUCGUCAGUGCUGCCGUUUUCCUCUGGUUUGCGUGGAUUGUCAUUAGAGUGCAAAGGCAAAGAAGAAGGAAAAAGACCUCUGGUUUGUUAGAUUAA